AUGUCAUAUGGGCCAACGCACGCACAUGAGUUGCCAGCUUCAGACUUUAUACCUUCCUCUAUAGGGCCAGUGGAUGACCCGAGGUACCAUCCUCACAGAGUUCGACCUCUACAAAUCACUGCUCGAGGUCAUGAUUACCACCCAGAGUAUGCCGGAAUGCAACCACGAGUAGAGGAUGAAGAUGAUGGUGGGCCCCCACCUCCUCCACCGGUACACCGGUCACGAAGGGCGCACUCUCAACUCCCCACCCCGAAAACAUCGCCUCGCCCCUAUGCACCCUACACACCCCAAUCUUCUUCUCGAUCCUCGGUCCCCCAUCUGCCAUCGACCAUGUCCACCCCGUCUCACCGUGGUCGCUAUCAGGACCCUUCUUCGAUGGGAAAUUCCCCAGCCAUGCCCGCAAGCCUCGUCGCAGGUUAUGAACCGGAAGACUCGUCUGAGAGAGCAGCACUCGAACGAUCAACCCGCAGACGUAGCACCCAAUGGGAUGAUGAGAUGAUGAUUUCCGAACCACCUGCACCGAUCCCUGUGUCAGCACCCGUCCACUACGAUACUCCUGUCUACCCUCUGCGAACAUCCCCCCGACCUAUUGAACAAAGACCCACUUCUAGCAGAGGUGGAUCUGUGAGCCCUGGUGUGCAGGCUGUAACCCGGAAAUCAGUCAGUCCACGGCCCUCUUCUUCAGACGUCCGUGAGGGUUCUUCAAUCCCUUUCUCUCCCGACUCCUACAUCUCUCUAAACCCGAAUGCGUCGCACCCCCCUAGCCGAGAUCCUUCCCCGGCAUACGACUCGCCUUCGCAAGCUAGAGAUGCCGUGAUACGUGGAAAGACUGAACCCCAUCGAGACAUGGAUCAUCCAAUCAUCGGGGAUGAUGGUCGUGAGAUUGACCCUUCUGACCAUCUUCCCACCGAUACAUGGGCGCCCGAACCAGAACGCAAGAACCGUAAGCCCGAAGUUAUCAUCCGCUUCAAACACUCGCCUCGGCCAACUUCUAGAGGCAACGACUCUCCUUCAUCACGCAGCACAGGCCCUCCUCGUGUAGGAUUCAGAGCAGAGACCACUACCUAUCCAUCGGAUCGCCCAAUCAAGUACACACCCACCCAUGUGAACGCAAGUCCGGGGUCAAUGGUUCGAACCUCGCCUCGGCCGGACUACGCGCGUGAGCGCCCUGACAGCUAUGUGCAACCUCGGGGUUACAGCACACCCACUUCGGCUGAGCGGCCGCGCUCUUCCCGAGGCUCAGUCUCGCCAUCGCCGGGGUCUCGUACGCCACUGUAUGACUAUAGCCCAGGUCCCCCGAUUCCAAACAAGGUGCCAAUCAGCGGAGGAAGCCCAGGCUACCCCGUUAUGUCUGGCAAUCCAAAUGGAAACGUUCGCAUGGAUGCCUUGAGUCGAGAAUUGAGUACGAUUGACAUUGGCUCUACGGCGUGUAGCCCUGGCCGGGCUGUUCGAAAGUACGUACCAAGACAGCCGGCGUCGAUUGGCUACGCUAGAUAA